AUGCUUCGUCUUCUAUGCCCGUGGACUGCAGCCACGUUCGCGCUGUUGUCGGCGUCGACCACUGCGCACAACGGCCCCGUCUAUCACCACGCGUUACAUCCACUGCACGACGUGCACGCGAUGCAGCUGUACCGUGGACUGGCGUCAUUGGCCGCGAGCUCCACUGACUACACGUGCCCUGUGUGCGGCAUGUCUACGCUAGAUAGCGGCUACGCCAAUGAGAACUACGUGACCAUGACGCACGGUCAGAAGAUCUACUCGUGUGGCAUGGCAGCGCGUCCCUUCCCAGCCUACAGCUCGGACUCGACCGACACGGCCUACCUAGCCGCCAAUAUGGCCGAGUUCAUUGUCAAUCAGACGGACGUGGACGCCUACGCCAAGUGCACGAGCGCCUGUGACGAGUGCGUGGACGGCACUUUUGACCCUGUGUCUGGAGCUGCUGUCAAGACGGACAAGUACGUCUACGUGUGUCUGAAGAACGGUCAGAAGAUCUACUUUUCGUCACAAGUGAACAAGAACUCGUACCUGACAGGCGUCAACAAGGAACCGCGCUAUCUGGUCGACGGUAUCAUUUGCGCUGGAUCAACGUGCUCGGACGCGACUACAAUCACGACGCUGAGUCCGGCAGCGCAGAGUUUCGUCGCCGACCUUUCUCCUUCGGGGACACAAAGCGCCACUUCUGCACCGUCGACGUCGUCCCGCAGCACUGCGACCGAAUCGGACGAGCCAUCGACUGGUUCGGACUUUUGCUCGGGCCAGGGAUCGGUCAUGUUCAACGGGUUCCAGCUGUCCAUGCACGGGUCAUGUGUGAUGCUGCUCUUCCAGCCGUGGGUGCUCAAUAGCGGCGGCAAGUAUGCGAUCGGAUUCGUCGCCUGCUUUCUGAUUGCACUGCUGAAUGAGACGCUGGUGAAGGGACGGGAGAUGGUGCGUCAACGUCUUCUAGCGGCUCGGAAGCUCCGGCCCAGUGACAAACUUCACAAGAUGCAGUGCAAGCUCAUCCUCGCGGUGCUGUACAUGACUCAGAUGACGAUCGCGUACUUUGCCAUGCUUGUCGUCAUGACGUACGAGACAGGUCUGUUUCUCGCCCUCAUUGCUGGCUUUGGUACGGGCUUCUUGCUCUACAAGAAUCUGGACCAGGACGUUACGGACGAGCGUGGUUCAUGGCGUUUCACGGAUUCUUCCACGGUGCGGAUCCAAGUUGGCGGCAUGUCGUGUAUGAAGAAUUGCGGCACGACGGUAGAGAAUGCGCUGAAGAAGACGCCCGGUGUGACUAAGGCAGUUGUUGUGUUUGACGAGCGUGCUGCUUACGUCGCUGGAUCAGCGCAAAUGAGCGACCUGGUGAAGGCCGUUGAGGCAGUUGGUUUUUCUGCCGAGAUGAGCAACAUGGAGUCUGUGCGCAGCCCCCUCGCGAGUAAGAGCAUCGAGCACUAG